GUGAAAACGCUUUUAGAAGACGAAUGUUCAGACUAUUCUGAACUUUGUAAUGGCUACUUUCUUCAGAAGGCGUGGUUACAAAUUGAUCCACAUGCAACACAUCUGCCUACAUCCGGUCAAGUGACCAGUCAGUCCCGAAUCAAGUCACUCAGCCUACUGCUGGCCCACAUCCGAGCAUUCUACGAGAACGUCCUUGACCAGGUGCUCGUCUUGAAACUGCCCGACGUCAUCAACAUUUCUCUGCACUGCGAUGAGGACCUUGUCGCCAGCAUCAGCACUGAGAGUCCACUCAUCAGCUCUCACUGCGCCUCAACGCACUGUGAUGACAUUCGCACCUUUUUACUACUUAUCCUCGGCUGCGCAGUUCAAUGCGAACAGAAAGAGGUCUUCAUUGAGCAGAUUAAGCAGCUGGACAUUGGAACUCAACAUGCCAUUGUCGAAUGCAUCCAGCAGAUUACUUACAAUCCAGAGUCGGUGUUUCUCGUCUCUGAGUGGUCGCAGCCUCCAGCGGAAGAGGCGGAAAAAGACCGCCUCUACCUGCAUUUUGUUGGUCACAUCAACCGACUUGCAAAGGAACGCGACCAGCUACACCAACGGGUCAUUGAUCUCAGCUGUGAACUGCUGAACCUCACACUUUCAACGACAGCGUCAGUCUUUUCAAGUUCAUUGAAAAAUCUGUCGUCGUCCAAUUCUAGUCUCAACACUAAUUGUGAUCAAAAGUCGCACUACCUGGUCGAGUUGGCCGAUGUCAAGAGUCGACUGCGUCGAGUGCAACAGGAGCUGGAGGAAAAGAGCGAAGCUGUGGUCGAGCUGAAGGAGGUGAUUGAGCAAAAUAAGGAGUUUUGCAAUAAACUGAGAAAUCAAAAUCUCGAGCUGACACAGGAGGCCCGCACCGCAAAGGCGUACAGAGAUGAGCUGGAUGUACUCGGAGAGCGAUGCCGCAAGGUCGACCGACUGGAGGCCGAAGUUCAGCGAUAUCGUGAUAAAAUGAAUGAACUAGAGUUUUUCAAGUCUAGGGUCGAAGAGCUGCGCGAGGACAAUCGAAUCCUUUGCGAGACAAAGACAAUGCUCGAAGAACAGCUUGAUUCAAGUCGAAAACGAGCGGAAAAGCUGCCUGAACUGGAGGAAAAAAUUCUCAAAUUGAACGCUUACGGUAAUGAGGUGAAUCUGCAAAGAGAACUGGAUCGAAAUCAAAUGGAAAGACUAAUUGAAGAGAUCGCCCACUUGAGACAGGAGAAAAAGUCAGCCAAUGAUGAACUGGCUCGUGUUCAAAUGGAGUUGACCGACAUGCGAGCGCAAACUCACGUCGAUACUGAGUCAUCAAAGGCAAAAACAGAGGAGGGCAAUCUGUUUGAUCAGAUCAGCCAGGACACGACCAAACGAAUGAUCAAGCUAGAGCAUGAAAAUCAGAAACUGCAGAACUUGCUAGAUGAUUAUCGAAACAACUACGUCGAUCUCGACUCGCUUAGUUCCCUCUUUGACUUUUACCCAAAAGACGUCACCAGCUCAUCAGUGGCCGACUCUGAAACUGCCUCAACCGACAGUGGAUUCACUUCAAACCGAUCUAAAAUUGAAAAGUUAAAUGACCUCAAAGAGCACGUCGACAAGUUAAAAGCAGUGCAAAACAGUGCCAAAAACUUGGAGAAUGUUAAGCUGGAAUUGGAAAAGGAGGUGAUCGAACUAAAGAGCAAACUACACGAUGAGUUCAACAAAUCAGAAACAAUCGAACGCAACUACUCAGCAUCUUGUGCAGAAAAUCAAAAAUUCCAGCGGAUUAUUGAGUCAAAGAAUAAAAAGAUUGAAGAAUACCAGUCAGAAUUGAUGCUGCUUGAAAAUGAAAACACCAAACUAGCAGCCAAUGCAGAGUCGCUCAAACUGAAUCUCAAGAAAAUGAAUAAUCUCGAAGUGGAGAUGACAAAUCUGGAAGGCGACAAGCAUCGACUGGAGCAGGAGAAAAAGUCACUUGACAAGGAAAUCAAUCGACUGAAGUCAUCAAUUGAGUUCAAAGACCAACUUAUUGACGAGAACGCUAGUAAACUGUCCUCACUGGAACUAGAAGGCAAAAGAUUAAAGAGAGAAUUAGACACCGCAAACCAGUUGAACGCCAAACUGAAGGAAAUUGAAAAGGAAAAUAAAGAUCUUGCAAAUACGGUGACUGUGCAAAAGAACACGUGCACAGCACUACAACAGGAUUUGGUGGUUGAAAAGCUGCGAGCGCAAAAGUUGGCGGAUGAAUUUGAAAAAACAUUGGAAGCCCUUCAGGAACACGGUUUCGCUGACAUUACUACUGGCUCUACAUCAGAAAAUCUCCAUCAGAUUGUAUCCCGAGGCGUACAGUUGGCCAUUGACAAGUGUUUACUGCCAAAAGAAACCACCAUCAAAGAGUUGCAAGGUCAGCUGGACCAAAUGACGUCAGUCAACUCGAGUAUGAUUGACUCACUUCGUCGGCAGCUGAACCUUGACGAAGAUGCUACUGAUAAGUUUAGUCUGAACUCGCUCAAUGAGUUGCAGCAAAAGAUUACUUGUUUGGAAGAUGAAUCAAAAUUACUAAAGGUAGAACUGAAUACUCAAAAAGAACUAACCAACGAGGUAACUGUACGAUCAGAGCAUGCCGAGUCUAAGCUGGCUUUAACGGCAGAGCGAAACUCAGAAUUGCAAAAUGAAAAUGCAAAACUUCAAGUGGAGAACAGCUUACUCAAGUCACAAAACGGCUCAUUGGAAACUCAAACUGAAGAGCUGCAAGAGCAGCUGGAACUCAUAAAGGAGUCUAUUGAUAAACUAAAGAGCAAGUGCGAAGAGUUUGAGGAAAACAGUCGACUGUUGAUUAGGGACAAUGAAUCACUUCAGGAGAUACACCAACAACUGACAGCUGAUUACGACAACCUGACACAGAGCAAUAGCUUGUUGAAGCAGUCAUACAAGGCACUAAAGGCAAAGAACAAAUCACUGGAGGAUGAGCUAAGGUCACUCAAUGAAACACACCAGCAGUUGAUUAGAAAAGCAACUGAAGAAUUAGAGUGUCUUAAGAGUAAGACUUCUCAAGGACAAGUGGAGGAUGUCAAUUUGAAGGAAAAGCUAGUUUCACUGACUGAAGAGCAUAAAGUUCUCAAUGAAGAGCUCAAACGCUUGCAGACGGAACAUAAAAUGCUGCAAAAUAUCUACAAGAACUUAAGGGCAGAGAAUAACGAGCUGAAGCUUCGUCACACAGAGCUGCAGGGCGAGACGGCAGAGUGCAAAGACCGCAUGAAUGGCCUCAACGUUGAGGUCUCAAAGCUGUCCAACUACUGCGAGAUGGUGGCAGUCACAAACACCACUUUGGAGACACAGCGCAAGCGGCUGGCUACCCAGUCUGCCAGUCUUCUGUCGCAGUACAAUGAUCUUCUGCUUGAGCUGAGUUCAGGAUGUGAAAAGUCGGUUGUCGAUAAGCUUCGCGAACUGUGCCUCAAAAAAGAACGGCUAGAGAAGAUGUUUCGCGAGUAUGACAUUUCUAUUGAGAAAAGUAUGCCUCGUGUCUCAGGAAAGGACGGGCACCUCAGUGGAAAGCUGACCAACACCACACUGGACGAUGCAAUUUACGGACGUCUCUGGGAAGCAGAGACACCAUCCAUUGAUGCAUCUCCGCCUCAUCAUCAUCCCCUUUUAAGCAGCACUCUUCUUUUGAGACAGUACUCUUUGAACAACAGUGCAAAUGACAAGAAAAAAGGGCCGCAUGACCAUCUGCCAAGCACACCACCACGUAUUCCACCGCGCCAACACAUUCCACGCACUACACUAAACAUUCCAGCGGCAAAUUCCCAUGAAGCAGUGAUUGAGUUCACCCAUGGUUCGGGCAUCUCCAAGGUGCAAAUCAGCUCAACUGGCAACUCACCGUUGCUGUCAAAGGCUAGCAGUGUCAUUGCUGCAGGCUCACCUUCCACUGCCAACUUUAUGCGAGGCAACUUCAAGAGCAACAGUGUCAACUACGGUAACCUGAUGCGUCGACCAGUGGUGGGAGAGGCAAAGCUGAACGGCGGCAUUGGCGUUCCUUCCCGUCUCACCAGUGGCAUCCACUCCCCUCAAAUGUUUCACCUGCCUCCCAGUCGCAAUGUGGCCGUUCACCUGAACAGUGGUGGUCGCACCUCCUCUUCCUCUUUCGUUACCCAGCCACACACUGCCACAUCUCCCUCUGUGCAUUCAGACUCUUCAACGUCACACGACUCGGAAAAAGAGAUCGAGGUGUCGGUGCUGAACAACAACAUUAACAAUAACAGCACUACAGCGACUGCGAUGAUGCCGAAUGGCAAUGGCCGCUCGAGAAUACUUGUCAACGGAAGUACGACUGCCACAGUAGAGGGCAGCCUCAAGACCAGCAGCCAGAACAUCACCAAGGCUGAUUCCGAACGGCUGAGUAAUGCAAUGAACAACAAUGCCGAUGAGAGCACCUCGAGCACGAGCAACCAAAACUGCACAAAUCAAAUGGCCACUGACAGCAACUCCAAUUCAAACAACUCCAACUCAAUCUGGUACGAGUAUGGAUGCGUGUAG